AACACUCCUUCCCUUUUUUCUUCCAUCUCCCUCCAAAACCACAAGCUUUUAUCUUAAGCUUUUACAGAUUCUGGAAUCUCUCUCUCGUCGUCGAUCCUCCUGACAAACAGACACUCACCUCUCUUCUUCACUCUUACAAACCUGAAUUCAUUUCUGCUUCUCCCUGCUACCAUGGCGAUGCUAGAGCUAUCUCCCUCCUCAUCAUCGCACGCCAUCAAAGCCAGCACCUUUCACUCUUCCAAGCUUUCUUAUGUCCCUUCCCGGAUUUCUCAUCAGCGGCGCCUCAAUGUCAGGCCUCCUCCCCGUACUCGCCAUGCCAAAGUUUUCUGCUCUGUUACCUCAAAAGAAGUUCAGGCUCCGGUGGCCGUGCCGACAGAGGACCCCAAGAAGAAAUCGGAGUGCUAUGGAGUGUUCUGUCUCACUUAUGAUCUCAAGGCUGAAGAAGAGACAAGUUCUUGGAAGAAAUUGAUAAACGUUUCUGUUUCAGGUGCUGCCGGGAUGAUUUCUAAUCAUCUCCUUUUCAAGCUUGCGGCUGGUGAGGUUUUUGGACCAGAUCAACCCAUUGCUUUAAAACUUUUGGGAUCUGAGCGCUCACGUGAAGCUCUUGAAGGAGUUGCUAUGGAACUAGAAGACUCAUUGUACCCUCUAUUAAGGGAAGUGAGUAUUGGUAUAGAUCCCUAUGAUGUGUUCCGAGAUGCAGAAUGGGCACUUCUGAUUGGUGCAAAACCUCGUGGCCCUGGAAUGGAACGGGCUGCCCUAUUGGACAUAAAUGGGCAGAUCUUUGCUGAACAAGGAAAAGCUCUGAAUGCUGUUGCAUCGCGCAAUGUCAAAGUGAUAGUAGUUGGCAACCCUUGCAAUACCAAUGCGUUGAUUUGUUUGAAAAAUGCUCCAAACAUACCAGCAAAGAACUUUCAUGCUUUAACUAGGUUAGAUGAAAACCGAGCAAAAUGCCAGCUUGCUUUGAAAGCGGGAGUCUUCUAUGAUAAGGUAUCUAAUGUUACCAUCUGGGGAAAUCACUCAACCACUCAGGUUCCUGAUUUUCUAAAUGCUAAAAUAAAUGGAUUGCCUGUAAAAGAGGUUAUUAAAGAUACUAAAUGGCUCGAGGAAGAGUUUACAGAAAAGGUCCAGAAGAGAGGUGGAGCGCUUAUUCAGAAAUGGGGAAGAUCUUCUGCUGCAUCGACUGCAGUAUCAAUUGUCGAUGCUAUUAAGUCUCUUGUUACUCCAACACCUGAAGGCGAUUGGUUCUCUACCGGAGUAUAUACCAAUGGAAAUCCUUAUGGCAUAGCAGAGGAUAUAGUUUUCAGCAUGCCAUGCAGGUCAAAUGGAGAUGGCGAUUAUGAACUAGUUAAGGAUGUAAUAUUUGACGACUAUCUAUGGAGCCGGAUAAAGACGACCGAAGCUGAGUUGCUGGCUGAGAAGAAAUGUGUAGCCCAUCUCACAGGAGAGGGUAUAGCUGUGUGUGAUUUGCCCGGGGAUACCAUGCUUCCCGGAGAAAUGUGAAAGCUGCACGACAAAAUUAAAGGUUUCAAUGGAAUGUAUGAGGCAGACUUGAAGAAGAGCCUGUAUGUGCAUCAGUAGAUGUUCAUGAAAUACUGCAAUUGAAAUCUACUGCAGCCCUACCUGUGCAGUUUAUGUAGCAUACAUGCAUGUUCAUUCAACCAAUAAAUGUAGUCACAAUUCAAAUGUACUAUUUAUGGUGGACAAAUGCAGAUCAUUUCCAGUUUUUCUUAGUAAUAAUUUUGAUUCAAAUCAAGAAGCGGUUUCUAUUCA